UCCACGUGACAGUAUAUUUACUGUUGUCUCUGCAAUCGUUUGUUGAGAAUGUUACGGGACAGGAAAAUUUACUGAUAUUUUCGAUAUGUAAAUAUGUAAAUUAACGUGAAUUGAUAAUUUGAACAAAUCAGCUAGCGGUUUAGUUCUGUGAGUGGCCGACAAUCUAGAAUGAAUAAAUCAAGAGUAUAUUUAAUUAUCUGAAGCAAAAAUGAGCCUUGAUCAGUCUUCCACGUUCAACGGUUAUCUAUGCCACAAGGAAAUAAACCGAUACCUCGCGGAUUUAGAACAAAACUAUCCAAGUAAGAUAAAAAAAUUCUCCAGUGCCUAUUCCUACGAGGGUCGCGAAAUACGUACCGUCCGAAUCAGUACAAACGUUAAGCAAAAACGGACCAAGUUCUACAUUCUGAUAGACGCCGGGAUCCAUGCCCGAGAAUGGAUUACCAUUUCCGUUGCACUUUAUGUGGUGCAUCAGUUGGUCGAGCGGGACGCAAUCAAUUCGAGGCUGCUACGAAACUUUGACUGGAUCAUUCUACCCCUUUUGAACCCCGAUGGGUAUGAGUAUAGCCGGGAAUAUAACAAAAUGUGGCGCAAAACUAGACGGCCACUGGGACGGGACCGUUGCGUUGGUGUGGAUUGCAAUCGAAAUUUCAAUAUAUCCUGGGGAAUCGGAACCCCGAAGUACUGUUCGCUGGUGUACCGUGGAGAACGGCCGUUUUCCGAGCAAGAGACAAGAAAUGUUCGGGAUAUUUUUCGGAUGCUUCGGCCCAACUGUAAAUUUUAUCUGUCCUUGCAUUCACACGCUAAAGCAAUUCUGUAUCCAAGAGCAUAUUCAAGCACCUUGCCCCAAAACUGGAAACAUCAGGACGAAGUGGCCCAAGCCGGUGCGGACGCGAUCGUGGCCGCAUGUGGCGUCAAGUAUCGUUGCGGUAGUGCAUCCGCCUUCCUGGACAAUGCCGUCGGUGGCUCCAGCAUCGACUAUGCCCACGACAUCGAAAAAGUUCCGUUCGCACUGGUGAUGGAAAUUGCCAGCAAAUGUUUUCAUCCCCCGACGGAGGACAUUGCCCGCAUCUGCCGGGAGAGCUGGAUCGGGAUUCAAGCUAUGGUGCGGCAGUUGGCCAUCAGCCCAAGGAUUUCUUUCACGCGCAGCAAAACUGCCAUCUAGAC